UCCAGAAUAAAACAUGAAGAUACUGAGGAACAAAUAGACCAGGUGAGAGUGAAAGAGCAAAGACAAGAACUGAAUGAAGUGGAGGAGGAACAUCGUAAAUUUACAAUUCAAAGAACAAAAGCCAAAAAGACGCACACCUGCUCUCAGUGUGGAAAGAGUUUCACACAGAAUGGAAACCUUGUCACACACAUGAGAGUUCACACUGGAGAGAAACCAUAUACAUGCACUCAGUGUGGAAAGAGUUUUACUCAUUCAUCAGGUCUCAGUGUUCAUCUGCGCGUUCACUCUGAAAAAAAAGCAUUUAACUGUGAUCAGUGUGGUAAAGAUUUUAUUUCAUCAGCAAAUCUAAAAUCUCACCUGAAAGUUCAUUCAGGUGAGAAGCUUUAUGUGUGUUCUCUCUGUGGAAAGAAUUUUUCAUGGCUGGGCAAUUUUAAACGGCACCAGAAAACACACAAUGGAGUGAGUGAUUAUAUGUGCUUUGACUGUGGGAAGAGUUUUACCCAAUCAAGUCAUCUGAAACUGCACCAAAGACUUCAUACUGGAGAAAAACCUUACAAGUGCUCAUAUUGUGACAAGAGUUUCACUCAGUCUGGACACCUGAAAUUACAUGAGCGAAUUCAUACUGGAGAGAAGCCGUACGACUGUACUCAGUGUGGGAAGAGUUUUUCACAUAAAGGAGCCUUUGACAAACACAUGAGAAUUCACACUGGAGAGAAACCGUAUACAUGCACUCAGUGUGGAAAGAGUUUUUCAUGGCUGAACAGUUUUAAACGGCACCAGAAAACACACAAUGAAGUGAGAGAUUAUGUGUGCUGUUACUGUGGGAAGAGCUUUACUACAUCUGUUGAUCUGAAACUUCACCAAAGAAUUCAUACUGGAGAAAAACCUUACAAGUGCUCAUAUUGUGACAAGAGUUUCACUCAGGCUGGAAACUUGAAAACACACGAGCGAGUUCAUACUGGAGAGGAGCCGUACGACUGUACUCAGUGUGGGAAGAGUUUCAAAUAUCCAAAUAGUUUAGUGACUCAUAUUAAAAGGCAUUGUUCUGUGUCACAGUGAGCAAAUGUUUUGUUAUAUUCAUAUAAAGUCCGACAAGAAAUCGAUCCAAUGGCGGAGUUCGAUUCGUGGUGAAGGUUUUAUGUGUGUUCCGUCUUUUCCAUGGCAAAGUGACUUUUAAUUGAAUGCAACACAUUUAAUCUUAUGUAUUAACUCUUUUCAUCUGACUCCAUAAAAUGAAAAGGGUUUAUCAAUGAUA